AUGGCGAUAGGCUUCUGGGCGGCCUGCCACGCCGUCCAGCCAUCCAAGACCCUGGCCCGCCCGCUGGCGUCCUCGGUGGCCAACAGCAAGCGUGGCGCCGCGCUGCGGCAGGGCUACAAUGCCGCGAUGGCACAGGCCACGGCCACCGUGCGGAAGCUGAGCUGGCUGCGCAAGGUGCCUGGAGCCGACCCAGCCCGCCUCACGGUGUCGCUGGCAGAAAGCCUGUGCCUACGCGCCACUAUCAAGCCACUCACUUUCCCUUUCAAGCUAUGGGCGGCUUAUAAGCUGACUGUUGUCAGCAAGCAAGCAAUGAGCCGCGACAGCAACCCGAGCAGCCAAAGGAGCGCCAAGACAGCCAACAGCAAUCGCACGGCGGCAGCAGGAGCGGGCAAGGCGCAGCCCAAGAGCCGCGGCAAGUAG